AUGCCCCGUCCUACUAGAGGUAGCCAGAAGGCGGUCAAGCGCGAAGAGGACGACAUCGACUCCAAGGAUAUAAAGCCAAUAAAGCCUGUAUCCGCGGCGAAACGAAAGGCAGAUUCGGUGCCAGAUGCUGAUAGCAAGGCUCAAGCUCCAAAGGCCGUGAAAAAGCGUAAGGGACAAGCCAAAGGAGACGAAGCCGCAAUGCCUUUAGUAGAGAGAACCGCCGUGUCCUCACUGAGCAAAGCCAUGUACAUUGGCGCCCACAUCAGCGCCGCUGGAGGCGUCCAAAACUCCGUAACAAAUGCUCUUCACAUCGGUGCCAACUCUUUCGCCCUGUUUCUCAAAUCUCAGCGCAAAUGGAACAACCCUCCUAUUACGGCAGAGGCCAAAAACGGCUUCAUUAGCCAAUGUAAGGAGCAUCACUACCACGCCAACGAGCAUGUGCUCCCCCACGGGUCAUACCUAGUCAACCUUGCGCAGGCAGACGCAGAGAAGGCUCGUCAGGCAUACGAUAGUUUCGUGGACGACCUCGGCCGGUGUGAGCAACUCGGCAUCAAGCUUUACAACUUCCACCCAGGGUCCACUGGAGGCGACACAAAGGCCGCGGCCAUCAAGCGUAUUGCUACGCAGCUAAACAAGGCGCACAAGGCCACCAAGACAGUAAUUACGGUUCUGGAAAAUAUGGCGGGCGCCGGUAAUGUCGUGGGGUCGACUUGGGAAGAUCUCAGAGAUAUCAUUGCUCUCGUGGAGGAUAAGACACGUGUUGGAGUGUGUAUCGACACUUGCCAUGCCUUUGCUGCUGGUUAUGAUCUGCGGACUCCCGAGGCUUUCAAAAAGACGGUCGAUUCUUUCAACGAGAUUGUCGGCGCAAAGUAUCUGAAAGCCUUUCACUUAAACGACAGCAAAGCACCCUUCAAUUCCAACAGAGAUCUCCAUGCAAAUAUUGGAACCGGCUUCUUGGGUCUCCGAGCCUUCCAUAGCCUAAUGAAUCACGAGGAGUUUCAGGACAAGCCCAUGGUCCUAGAAACACCCAUCGAUAAGAAGGGUCCCGACGGCAAAACAAUCGAAGACAAGCAGGUUUGGGCUGAUGAAAUUAAGCUGCUAGAGAGCCUCAUCGGCAUGGAUGCGGAGACUGAAGAGUUUGAACAAAUGGUGAAGGAAUUGCAAGCCGAGGGUGCCGAGGAACGAAAGAAGAUUCAAGAUCAAGUUGACAAGAAGUCAAAGACUACGGUGAAGAAGGGGAAGGGGGGAAAGAAGGUGAAGAAGGAGGAGACGAGUGACGAUGAGAGCGACUAG